ACAUCAGCUUAGAAUAAAAAUAAAUUCCAUACUUUCUACUUGUAUGAUUUUAAAUGUGUGUGCAAUACAAUAGGAUUUCAGUAGGGUAUUACCUGUAAAAUAUAUAAUUUGAUUCAAUGACACGUGUAGAAGGUGACCUUUCUUGCAGCUGGCAGAGAAUACACAACCUAAAUGUGUUAUUACAGGAACGGAUUUUCUUUUGACGUCAGAAGGUAAAAUUGAAAUGGAAACAGUUAUUAUGGACGGAAGAACGCUAAAUACAGGCGCUGAAGCAGCCGUGAAAAAUCCUAUUGUUCUGGCCAGAAUGGCAAUGGAGCAUAUAUCUUGUUCAGUACGUUCACUUGUUUCGAGAGAGAAAACACCGACCAAUGUAGAACCUGCUAUUAUUGUUCAUGGCGGGGCAGUGGCGUUCCCAGGUGACAAGAAGGAAAAAGCCUUAGAAGGAACAAAGGAAGCUGCUUUUAAAGGUUACCGCAUGCUGAUUGAUGGCAGAUCAGCACUAGACGCCGUACAAGCCGCUAUCUGUGUACUAGAGAAUAAUCCUACAUUUGACGCCGGAACGGGUUCUCCUUUGACGUCAGAAGGUAAUAUUGAGAUGGAUGCAGUAAUUAUGGACGGAAGAACGCUCAAUACAGGCGCUGUAGCGGCCGUGAAAAACGUGAAAAAUCCUAUUGUUCUGGCCAGAAUGGUAAUGGAUCAUACGGAUCACUGUCUAUUGGUAGGACAAGGGGCUAAUCAGUUCGCUGACGAGGAAGGUGUUCCAAGAAUACCAAAGGAAAACCUUAUCACUGAGGAAAAUAGAAAGAAAUUCAAAGAUUCCUUCGGUAAAGCACUGACGACUGAUUUUAGUACAAGGGGACAUGACACAGUUGGAGCUGUCGCUAUAGACAGAAACGGAAAUAUUGCGUUUGGAACUUCUACAGGGGGAAUCACUAACAAGAGACCAGGCCGAGUCGGCGAUAGCCCUAUUGCUGGUAUAGGAGGUUAUGCCGACAAUAAUGUAGGAGGGAUCUCUUGCACUGGUCAUGGAGAGUCUAUUACAAGAGUUGCCUUGGCGUAUGACAUCAUAUCCUUGAUGAAAUACACGAACAAGUGUACACAAGAGGCUGCAGAUUACGCACUUGAUCAGAUGGACAUGAAACUGCGAAAUGCCAAGAAUAACUUCGGAGCAGGGGUGAUAGGCAUAGGCAAGGACGGUAACCCUGUGUACUCAUUUAGAACUGAGCAAAUGGCAUGGGCAUGGGCGAAGGAUUGGAAACUACAUAAUGGUGUAAAUCCUGGAGAAAAUAAUACAUACACAAUUAAGACUGAUGCCAACGGAGAAUACAAACUUAAUAAGGACGAGUGAAAUAGGAAGAGAUACAAAAAAUGGCGAUGAAGUCGUACUAAUAUAUACACGGAUCAUUACAUUAGAAAUUACUUUUAUUUUUU